UCUCGGCAGAGGGGGAGCCAGAUCUGGGCUUGCCUGGGCAAUCAGUGCUGAGCCUGCCUCCUUCCCAUCCCUGCGGCACUUUCCGAGCCUGAAGUUUGCAGCAGAAGCAAGAAGCGGGGGGAGAAAUCUCUGCAAAAAUGGCUGGGGCAAUUAUAGAAAACAUGAGUACUAAAAAGCUGUGCAUUGUUGGAGGGAUCUUGCUGAUUUUCCAAGUCAUCGCCUUUCUGGUGGGAGGUCUGAUUGCUCCCAGUCCCACUACAGCUGUUCCUUACACGUCAGUAAAGUGCAUUGAUGUAAGAAAAAACCACCACAAAACCAAGUGGCUAGUGCCCUGGGGAGCUAACCAGUGUGAGAAGAUCAAAGACUUCGACGAAGCAGUGAGCAGGCAGAUAGAGGCCAAUGAUAUCGUGUUUGCUGUUCACAUUCCUCUUCCUGGCAAGGAGAUGAGCCCCUGGUUCCAGUUCAUGCUUUUCAUCAUGCAGCUGGACAUCGCAUUCAAGAUGGACAACGACCUAAAAGAAAAUGCAGAAAUUACACUGGAUGUGUCGUUAGCAUAUCGUGAUGACACGUCUGAUGACUGGGAAGAAAUAGCACGUGCAAUAGAGCUCAGGAAGCUGAAAUGCACAUUUGGCUCACCAAAAACCCUCGAGUCUGAAGGCCGUCACUAUGACUGUGACUUCCUUCCGUUCAUGGAGAUUGGAAGUGUGGCUCACAAGUACUACCUCAUCAACAUUCGUCUUCCUGUCAACGAGAGGAAAGGCAUUAAUGUGGGGAUUGGGGAAAUAAAGGAUAUUCGCCUCGUGGGUAUCCAUCAAAAUGGAGGCUUUACAAAAGUGUGGUUUGCCAUGAAAACUUUCCUCACCCCCAGCAUUUUAAUUAUCAUGGUCUGGUAUUGGAGACGGAUCACGCUGAUGACACGUGCUCCUGUCCUGCUGGAGAAGGUCAUCUUUGCUCUGGGAAUUUCCAUGACUUUCAUCAACAUCCCAGUGGAGUGGUUUUCCAUUGGAUUUGACUGGACUUGGAUGUUACUGUUUGGAGACAUUCGACAAGGCAUUUUCUAUGCCAUGCUCCUGUCAUUUUGGAUCAUCUUCUGUGGAGAGCACAUGAUGGAUCAGAAUGAACGGAAUCGUCUCGCUGGGUACUGGAAGCAGGUUGGACCCAUAGCUGUCGGCUCUUUCUGCCUGUUCAUCUUUGACAUGUGUGAGAGGGGAGUGCAACUGAAAAAUCCCUUCUACAGUAUCUGGACCACUGAGGUUGGCACAGAGCUGGCUAUGGCCUUUAUUAUAGUUGCAGGCAUUUGCUUGUGUCUGUAUUUUCUGUUCCUGUGUUUUAUGGUCUUUCAAGUGUUCAGAAACAUCAGUGGGAAACAGUCAAGGCUCCCAGCAAUGAGCAAGGCUCGCCGUCUUCAUUACGAGCAGGGGCUGAUUUUUAGGUUCAAGUUCUUGAUGCUCAUUACUCUGGCUUGUGCAGCAAUGACAGUCAUCUUCUUUAUAGUGAGUCAGGUGACCGAAGGCCACUGGAAAUGGGGGGACAUGACAAUACAAGUGAACAGCGCCUUCUUCACGGGCAUCUAUGGGAUGUGGAACCUGUACGUCUUUGCACUUAUGUUCCUGUAUGCUCCGUCACACAAGAAUUACGGUGAGGACCAGUCGAACGGUGACCUGGGUGUAAACAGUGGUGAGGAGCUUCAGCUCACCACCACGAUCACCCAUGUGGAUGGGCCAACAGAGGUUUAUAAGCUGGCUCGCAAGGAAGCUCAGGAGUAACACUGAGAACAUCUCAACUGAGACACAGAAUGAAGUGGAGUACACAGGACGACACAACGUCCUCCUUGAGGAGAUGUGUCUGAAGUUACUUGCUUUAUGAAUGCCCAGUAUCUAGUGUAUUUUCACAGAGCAGUGUGACACCAAGCAGAACAUUUGUAAAUUCUUUAAUAUGGUGUAGUCAUUUCUGGGGGGAGGGAUAUGUAUAUUGUGUUACACUCAAGCACAUAAAGAUCUAGAAAAGCAUUAAGGUUGCAAAGUCGCACAUUCAGAAGUUAGGAAGUGGCAGACCUGACAUUGGGUAAUUUUUACUUGGCUACUUUGUGCCUGUGCAUACAGUGCAAACAGUGAGUGGAGCUCAGUUAAUGAGCAGGUGUUCAAUAUUUUGAGUUUUUUGUAUGUGUAAUUUCUUAAGGUGUUGAGCUUGGGGUAUGGACUAAAGUCUCGCUCUAAAAACAUUUAAUUCCAUCACAUAUAAUCAUAUUGACCCCACCUGUGGUCUGUAGUACAGCCUUGUAACUCCACAGCAAACCUCUCAUCACUUGAGUGAAGCAUAACUGGGGAAGGGAGUAGAUUGUAAUAUAUACGAUUUAAGUAGUAGAAGAAGAAACAACAUGCUUUUUCAGUAGGUUUUACUGCUGUUUGUUGAAUAUAGGGAAAUGUAAAAACUUGAUGCCUGAAUUCAGUUUCAGUCGCAGGAGAAAUGUGUGCUCUAGAGCUCCUGUCCUGAAUUCUUAAGAGUUACCCAGCUACCUAUUUCUCAGUCUCUUUGGCUCUACUCCCUCUGGUUGUUUUCCUUUAUCUUACCCAUUUGUUAUGGCGCUCUCGUUUUUAUGCUGCUUAUGUGCCUUGAGGAAGGACAGAAAGAGCGCAGGGGAGGGUCUGUUCUCAGUUUUCAUGCCUGUAAGUUGGGUAGAGGAUCUGCUGGAGAAUCCUGCUUGUCCUUGCAUUGCCAGAAUGCAGCGUACUUGGUAGAGAUAGAUUUUUCUGAUAAUUUACAGACUUGAAAAAUCCACCUCUUAUGUACUAGCAUGGUUAUUUGCUUUUCAGAGGAAAAGCAGCAGUGGAAAAUGAGAUCAGCCCCCUUCCAUGAAUAAGUGGAGCUGACUCUUGUGAGAUGACUAGCAGUGGAGGAGAAUGGGCACUAAUAUGGGAUGGAGGCUUUAACUGCACUGUGCUGGGGACAAGUUAAAAGAGAACUUUUCGAUGGCCUGGGCCCGGACCAAAGGGCUCAGGACGUGCAUCCUUCCAGGACCUGGAGGAGAGCCUGAUCCAGAGGGCCUCAUUAUCCCAUGCUAGUCCGUGUCUGUGUUUCUUACUAGUUAUGUGCAUCUCAACCUCCCUAGCCCAGUUUUCCCCCCUGCAAGAUAAGAAUCUGCUUCCAUCAGCUGCGGAGGUGUCCAAGACUCUCGAGAACCGCAGCUUCCGAAGCUGCCGACAGUUCUCGAAGAUGCCACUGGAAAGACUGUUCUAAAAAAGGUGACGUUGUCCUUGGGUUGUUAAGAUCUCUGAAAUUACAUAAAGGUGUAAAAUCAAAGCAUAAUUAGGAAAUACCAGAAUUAGUAUGACCUUUGUAGCCUUAGUUCAUCUCUAGCCAAUGUAUGCAUUAAGACAUACAAUUAAAGAUUGUUGCAUACUAUUUUUAAAAUAAAUUCUGUUUUGUAUGUGUGUUUUGGGCUCUGGGCAGGAGUUGAGGCUGUGAAGCUAGGAAUCCUGUCCCUACCAGUGUCGCAUUCAAGAGACAUUGGGUCAAACUUGAGGAAUGUUGAAUGCAACACUCCAGAUGAAGUCAUUCGCAUGCUGCUAUGUUUGAACAUAUGAAAUCACUGUAGCACAAAAAAGUGCUAAAUACUACUUUUAAAAUAAAAAGUAGCUUUGGAUGAUUUUGAAUACUUGAACUGGAAAAGUAAACAUUUUUGGUAAGUUUAUCUUUUUAUAAAGUGGGAUAAUAAUGCCCCUGUACUCAAAGGAAUUCUUAUUUAAAAAAAAAAUAAGGAGGAGGGGGAUACUUAGUUUAUGUGGAAUAAGUGCUAGGACCAUACUUUCAACAGUGAUGGCAGAAUGUAAUUUGUUAGCAAUUCACAUAAGGAAGUAAGUGAUGGAAGAAAAAAUAGUGUACUGCAGUAGUUCUUCAACUAGGAGGUGAAUUAAAUUAACGCACACAACCAUCAUUCCAGCAUUUUCCUGGCUGAGUGCUCGACUUUGCAACUUUAACAUUCUUUUUACAUUCUUUUUACAUUGGGUUCUUAUGUAGUAUUUAUGUUGUUUGAAUAGAUGUGUCCAUGAUUUCUUUUACAGCUUAGUAUAGCAUUGCAUUUUGUAAAGGCUCUUUACAAAUGGGGCAUUGCAGCUUUAAAACCAAAUUUUGUGUCAAACACUAAUGGUUUGUUUUGGGGGAGGCACAUGUGUGUGUACAUAUAUAUAUUAUAUAUAUAUACAUAUAUAUAUAUAUACUUUUUUAUUUCUUAAUUCCUAAGCCCUUCUCAUAUGUCUCAGAAGUAGUCCAUGGGUCUUACUAAAAUAUAUCCCUUUUUUGUUUGAUUGUGUUCACUUUUUACAGAAUGCUUUAAGCAACCUGGAAAACAUACAGAUUUGUUAAUUUAAAUAAAAUAAACAGUAUUGUGGUUU